AUGGUGUCUAUUACAGCAGUACGGGAUAAUAACGGCGCUAUCCCUCGUCUGUAUGGGUCCGAUCUGGUUGCGGUAUUUGUCGGCGGAACAAGCGGGAUAGGCGAAUCGACAGCACGCGCAUUCAUCCGCAAUACAACCGCCUCCCGUGCCUAUUUGAUUGAGCGCGACCAGGCAAGAGCAAGCCGGAUCAUCGAGGAAUUGCGGCAAAUCAAACCAGACUCGCAGGUUGAGUUUAUCAAAGCCGAUGUCUCUUCUUCGGGAGAGGAUCGAUUGAAUCUGUUGUUUUUGAGCCCGGGGACUGGGUCGAUGAAGGGACCAGAUGAAGCCGUGCAGGGCAAGACCAUCCUCAUCACCGGCGUCUCCCCAGGCAGCUUGGGACUCGCAACCGCCGAAGCCUUCACCUCCCAAUUGCCAACAAACCUGAUCAUCUCAGGACGAUCCACCGAGAAAGUCCAAGCGGCCAUCACCCACCUCGAAUCAACCUACCCAGCCACCACCUACCACGCCCUAAUCAUGGACUUAUCCUCCCAGAAAUCCGUCCGCGCCGCAGCAUCCCAACUCCUGGCCAACACCUCCAUCCCGACAAUCGACAUCCUGAUCAACAAUGCAGGCGUCAUGUCCAUUCCCACCCGAACCCUCACCGAGGACGGACUCGAGACGACCUUUGCAACGAACCGCAUCGGCCACUUCCUCUUUACCAACCUUAUCCUACCUAAGCUGAUCAAGGCCGCUUCUACCACCACCACCACCAAAGCCUCCGACUCUGGUCUUGCCCCUCCAACAAGAAUCAUUAACCUCAGCUCCUUCGGCCACAAAUUCUCCCCCGUCCGCUUCACCGACCUCUCCUUCUCUAUACUCCCCAACGAACUACCCGAGUCCGAGCGUCCCGACCUCCGGAUAACAGAGCAUACUACGGCUUCUUCUCCUACCGCUCAGUCCAAGACCGCCAACAUCCUGCACGCGAUAUCCCUCAACCAGAAACUACUAGCCAAGUACAACAUCGCAGCGUUCGCCGUACACCCCGGCGCCGUCGACACGGGAAUUGGUCGACAUGCGAUACCUAGCGAUGUUGAGGCUGCCCUGCAGAGGGUGAAGGAUUUGGGGAUGGAUCCUACGCAGAAGUCAAGGGAGGUGGGGGCUAAUACGACGGUUCUGGCGGCGGUGGAUCCGCGUUUGAAGGUGGUGGGUGUAGAUAGUGGGGAUGGACAGGUUAAGGGGGUUUAUUUGGCUGAUUGUAAGGUUGAUGAUGGGGGUGUUGUUGCGUUUGCGACUGAUAGGGGGAUUGCGGAGAGGCUUUGGAGUGUGAGUGAGGAGCUUGUGGGGGAGAGGUUUGGAUUUUAG